UUGUAACGCUGUGUUGUGUUCUGUGACUGUUGUAGCUUAUCCACUCCAUCUAAUUUGAUAUUCAUUAAAUCUGUGUAGCGGUAAUAUUUGAAUCGUAACAUACACUCGUUUUCUUCACGCACCCUCUCAGUACUUAAUUCUAAGUUAAUCUGUUAUCUCUGUCCGCUAGCCUAGCAGUUAGCAUGGCUUCUCCCUCUUCCUCUCCUUCUCUUUCCUGCUCAGUGUGUCACAUGUUUAGUUACUCCUCUGCCUCCUUUAGUGAUAAUGAUACCUGUAAUAAAUGCAGUCUCUUUGUAGUUUUGGAGGCGAGGCUCUCUGAAUUGGAAGCGCGGCUCCGCACCAUGGAAAACACCCCGCUAGCUGUUAGCCAGGCCCCCUUAGCCGGUGCGGACCGCAAUAGCAUAGCUGCGAGUGUAGCUUCUGCUAGUGUACCUUCUGCUAGCCGUCACCUAGCAGCUCCCGAGCAGCCGGGAAGUCAGAGUAGCUGGGUGACAGUUCGUAGGAAACGUAGUCCUAAGCUCAAGCCCGCUGUCCCGGGACACCACAAACCGCUUCACAUUUCUAAUCGUUUUUCCCCACUCAAUGACACACCCGCUGAGAAACCAACUCUGAUCAUUGGCAGCUCCAUAGUCAGAAACGUGAAGCUAGCGACACCAGCGACCAUAGUAAAAUGCCUCCCAGGGGCCAGAGCGGGCGACAUAGAAGCAAAUUUGAAACUGCUGGCUAAAGAUAAUCGUAAAUACAGUAAGAUUGUUAUUCAUGUCGGCGGUAAUGACACCCGGUUACACCAAUCGGAGGUCACCAAAAUUAGUGUGGCAUUGGUGUGUAACUUUGCCAAAACCAUGUCGGACUCCGUAGUUUUCUCUGGACCCCUGCCAGAUCUGACCAGCGAUGAUAUGUUUAGCUGUAUGGCAUCGUUUCGCUGCUGGAUGUCUACGUGGUGUAAUGCAAACAACGUUGGCUUUAUAGACAAUUGGAGCUCUUUCUGGGGAAAACCUGGUCUGAUUAGGAGAGAUGGCAUCCAUCCCACUUUGGCUGGUGCAACUCUCAUAUCUAGAAAUAUGGCUGAUUUUAUUAGAACUCCUAAAGCAUGACAACCCAGAGUUCAGACCAGGAUGCAGAGUUGUAGUCUUCCACACCUCUCUGCAGUUUCCUCUCAGCUGUCACCCUCCAGUAAUUCACUUAGCUUUAUUGAGACUGUGUCUGUCCCCCGACCACCAAAAUUCAAUAAAUUAAGCAAUUAAAAAAAAAAAACAAAAGACACAGUAACCAUAAAAAUCUAAUUAAAAUUAAUACCACUAUUUCAACUGAGCGAAGAAACAGGAAAAUUAAAUGUGGUCUGUAAAUUAUUAGAUCUCUCUCGUCUAAAUCUCUGUUAGUAAAUGAUUUGAUAACUGAUAACCAGAUUGAUUUGUUCUGUUUGACUGAAACCUGGUUGCAGCAGGAAGAAUAUGUUAGUCUAAAUGAAUCAACUCCUACUAGUCAUACUAACUGUCAUGUUCCUCGAAUCACGGGCCGAGGAGGAGGAGUGGCAGCAAUUUACCUCUCUAGCUUAAAAAUGAACCAGAGACCUAAACCUAGUUACAGUUCAUUUGAAAAUCUUACUCUCAGUCUCUCUCAUCCAGAUUUAAAAGCUCAGAAGCCAGUUUUAUUUGUUGUUGUAUAUCGUCCUCCUGCUCCUUACUCUGAGUUUUUAUCUCAAUUCUCAGACUUUUUAUCUGAUUUAGUGCUCAGCUCAGAUAAAGUCAUUAUUGUGGGUGACUUCAACAUUCAUGUUGACGUGGACAGUGACAGCCUUACGACUGCUUUUAAUUCAAUAUUAGAAUCAAUUGGGUUUUCUCAACAUGUAAAUAAACCAACUCAUAGUUUUAAUCAUACCCUUGACCUCGUUCUGACUUAUGGCAUAGAAAUCAAACAGUUAACAGUAUUUCCCCAGAACCCUCUUCUUUCUGACCAUUUUAUGAUAACAUUUCAAUUUACAACAAUAGAUUGUAUAGGAGUUAAGAAUAAAUAUCAUUACAGUAGAUGUCUGUCUCACAAUUCAGUGACUAAAUUUAAGGAAAUAAUACCCUCUCUAUUUAGUCCAGCACCACUUACUGAUAUAAUGGAAGGGAAAUAUUAUAAUUUUACCCCCACAGAAGUGGAUUAUAUUGUUAAUAAUGCUGCAGCCUCACUGCGUACAACACUUGAUAGUGUUGCACCUGUAAAAAAGAAAGUUCUAUCUCAGAGAGGACCUGCUCCUUGGUAUAAUUCCCAGCUGCGGACUUUAAAGCAGGCGUCCCGAAAGCUGGAAAGGAAGUGGUAUUCCACUAAUUUAGAGGAAGUUUAUGUAGCUUGGAAAAAUAGUCUAGUAAUUUAUAAAAAAAGCUCUUCGUAACCAACAUAUUAUUCAUCUUUAAUAGAGGAAAACAAGAACAACCCCAGGUUUCUCUUCAGCACUGUAGCCAGGCUGACAAAGAGUCAGAGCUCUGUUCAACCUUGUAUUCCUUUAGCUUUGAGCAGUAACAACUUCAUGAGCUUCUUUACAAAUAAAAUUAUUACGAUUAGAGAAAAAAUUUAUCUGGCCCUUCCUGCAAAUGUCACAGAUGUAUCAUCGAGUACAGACACUUUAGAAUUGGCUGUAAGACCAGAUGGAUAUUUAGAAUUUUUCACUCCUAUACAUCUCUCUGAACUAAUUUCAAUAGUUUCUACAUCCAAACCAUCAACAUGUCUUUUAGAUCCUAUCCCAACUAGACUGUUCAAGGAGGCUUUACCUUUAAUUAACUCCUCAAUGUUAGAUCUGAUUAAUCUCUCUCUACUAACAGGUUAUGUACCACAGGCUUUUAAGGUUGCUGUCAUCAAACCUUGACUUAAAAAGCCCACUCUAGAUCCAGAUGUUUUAGCCAACUAUAGACCAAUUUCCAACCUCCCAUUUCUCUCCAAAAUUCUGGAAAGAACAGUUGCAAAUCAAUUAUGUGAACAUUUACAAAGGAAUAGCUUGUUUGAAGAGUUUCAGUCAGGCUUCAGAGUGCAUCAUAGCACAGAAACAGCUCUGGUGAAAGUUACUAAUUACCUUCUCAUAGCGUCAGAUAAUGGACUGGUCUCUAUACUUAUUUUAUUGGACCUUAGUGCAGCAUUCGAUACAAUCGACCACAAACUUUUAUUACAGCGACUAGAACAUUCUAUUGGCAUUAAAGGGACAGCACUGGACUGGUUUAAAUCCUACUUAUCAGACAGGUUCCAGUUUGUGCAUGUCAACAAUGACUCUUCUGAGCAUACUAGGGUUAAUCAUGGAGUUCCUCAGCGUUCUGUCUUAGGACCAAUACUGUUCACAUUAUACAUGCUUCCCUUAGGCAAUAUUAUCAGGAAGCACUGUAUUAAUUUCCAUUGUUAUGCUGACGACACUCAAUUGUAUUUAUCUAUGAAGCCAAAUGAAACUAAUCAGCUAGCUAGACUGCAAGAUUGUCCUAAGGACAUAAAGACCUGGAUGACCUAUAAUUUCUUACUACUAAAUUCAGACAAGACUGAAGUCAUUGUAUUUGGCCCCAAACAUCUUAGAGAAUUGCUUUCAAAGCAUAUAGUUACUCUGGAUGGCAUUACAUUGGCCUCCAGUACUACUGUGUGGAACCUCGGUGUUAUCUUUGACCAGGACAUGUCCUUUAACUCGCACAUAAAACAAAUCUGUAGGACUUCCUUUUUCCACCUGAGAAAUAUUGUGAAAAUCAGGAACAUCCUGUCUCAGAGUGAUGCAGAAAAACUAGUCCAUGCAUUUGUUACUUCUAGGCUUGACUACUGUAAUUCCUUAUUAUCAGGUUGUCCCGAUAGCUCUCUGAAACAUCUAUAGUUGAUCCAAAAUGCUGCAGCCAGAGUACUGAAGGGAGUUAGCAAGAGAGAUCAUAUUUCUCCUAUAUUGGUUUCUCUUCAUUGGCUUCCUGUUAAAUCUAGAACAGAAUUCAAAAUCCUUCUUCUGACAUAUAAAGCUCUUAACAACCAAUCUCCAUCAUAUCUUAAAGACCUGAUAGUACCAUAUUAUCCUAGCAGAACUCUUCGCUCUCAGACUGCAGGCUUACUUGUUGUUCCUAGAAUCUCUAAAAGUAGAAUGGGAGGCAGAGCCUUCAGUUAUCAGGCGCCUCUCCUGUGGAACCAGCUCCCAGUUUGGGUUCGGGAGGCAGACACCCUCUCUAUUUUUAAGACCAGGCUUAAAACCUUCCUUUUUGACAAAGCUUAUAGUUAGGGCUGACUGGGGGACCCUGACGGGGUGAGCUGGUGUUUUUAUUUGCACAACUGACUUCCCCUCUUGACGUCCCUUUAGUUUGCCCCUAGUUAUGCUGCUAUAGGCCUAGGCUGCUGGGGAACCUCUCUUGAUGCACUGAGCCCUUCUCUAACUACCCAUGUAUUUACUAUAUAUACCAUUAUUGCAUUACAUUCUCUCUGUUUCUGUGUCCUUUCUCCGAGUGUCCCUGGUCCCAGAGCUGGAUGCUUCAGGUGUGUGGCUGUGUUUUAUGGUCCUUGUGUCCCAUCCCCCACCUCUCUCUCUCUACCUCUACACCUCUACCCCUCUACCGCUUCUCCUCUACCUCUAUCCCUCUAUCUGUAUCCCUCUAUCUCUACCUCUACUCCUCCACCUCUACCUCUACCUCUUCCCCUCUACCUCCAUCCCUCUAUCUCUACCUCUCUACCUCUUCUGUCCCUCUCAACCCGUCCAGCCAGCAGGCAGAUGGGUCCCCCCACAUUAGAGCCGGGUUCUGCUCGAGGUUUUUUUCCCUGUUAAAAGGGUGUUUUCCUUGCCACUGUCUCCUUUUGGCUUGCUCUGGGGGUCAGGCAUAUGGGUUCUGUAAAGCGUCUCGAGACAAUUUGACUGUAAUUGGCGCUAUAUAAAUAAAAUUGAAUUGAAAAUUGAAUUUAAUUGAAUUGAACUACAAUGAGAAAAACUAUCAGACAGCAGAUGGCUGCAUUCAAGUCUGUAGCUGCUGAAUUCAUGGAUGAAUCAUCUGGCACUAGAGAGGAAGACCAUCAAACAUCCACGUCAGCUGAUGGAGGUCCAAGAGUCUCACCCAACAAACAACCUACAGAGUGAAGACCUGGAAUCUGAUUGGACGGCCUCCUAUUCAGCCACGUGUCAACAAAUGCCUCUAAGCUGAUUUGUUUUCUAAAAUAAAUCUAGUUUGAGUCCUAA